AUGCCCAUGUCGCCAGCUGUCAAGUAUACCGUCGCAGGACUCUGCUUCAGCGUGUUAUAUCUUGGUGAAGCCAGCCGCGCUGGUGCUUUUCCGGCUCUUGACAGACGCGCAAAUGGUUUUCGACUGGUCGACAACGGACUCCCUGGGUUCUCAGGCCUCGGCUCAACGUGCCGUCAAGUCCUUCAGCAAGUGAUCAAGUGUGAAGAAUAUGUGGCAAACCUCGGACUGAAAGAGUACCAUGGCUUAGUGCCUGACGGAGUGUUGGCCGAUGAGGUUUGCAAAGCCACUUGUGAAAUAUCAUUGACGACAGCCCGGAGGCGCAUCUUGGGUGCUUGUUCUUCGACCCCCGAACUGGCCCCUGGAUACCCCUUGCUCGCGCUAGUCGAUUCAAUCAUCUAUGGUUGGAAUGAAACAUGUCUUCGGGACAAGAGUACAGGAAAAUACUGCAACGACAUCUUGGAAUCAUGGGACAGCGUUGACGAGCUGGACAAGAUGCCCGAAACACAGCUAUGCUCGUAUUGUUUUGGAACCAAGCUGCGCAUGAUGCAGCAAUCCCCGUACUCUGGGUAUGACGAGCUGUUUGCCAACACUCUCGAAAUUGUAAAUGAAAAAUGUGGCAUCGACAGCCCCAUCACACCGCAGCGUGAGCUCAACGGCAUCAACCCCACCAGGCCGGCUUCAUGCCCUAGUGGUCAAGCUCACGUUGGCCGAGAAGGAGACACGUGCGAUACCAUUGCACUAGCCAACUCUGUUUCAGCUGCGACGCUCUAUUUCCUCAAUCCGGGCCUGACCAACUGCAGUGACAUUGCCGCUGGAACUCAGCUUUGCCUCCCAGACAAGUGUAACACCGUCUACCAGGUGCAAGAGGGAGAUCGGUGCGUCGAGGUGGCGGUAAGGGCCGGGACAUCAUGGAUGAAGCUGGUGGACUGGAAUCUUGGUCUUGACUCGCGCUGCUCUAACCUCUGGAGCAGAGACCCUUUCUGGGGGCGUGUAAUCUGUACCAGCGUACCUGGUGGAGGCUUUAUCAACACCGGUUCCCAUUCCCCCGAGGGUGGGAUUGGUAACGGCAAUACCGGUGGCCAGGGUGGCUCGGGGGAUGGUUACGCAGAUGACAUCGUGGAGCCGCCAAAAGGAGCUGCUGUGGCCGAAGGCACGGCGAAGAAAUGCGGCAAGUACGUUCAGGCCAAAGACCACGACACCUGCUCCAGGAUGGUAUCCUCACGGGCCGUGCCCAUGGAUUUGUUUCUGCAGGUCAACCCAUCACUUGGCACUGCUGCAGAGUGUGACAAUUACACAAAUGCAUUGUUAUAUGCUGACCGGAAUUCCCCCAAAGGCCACCCAGAUCAGAACCAGUUGCUGAAAGCUUCCUGGGAUCCUCCAUCACAAGAAGCAUAUGAGGCUGUCAAGGAGCGGAUAAAGUUGAUUUACAAAGAUAAUGGUCUCGACAAACUGUUUCGCGAGAAGAACUUGAAUAUGCUUGCCUUCCCCUUGGACAGCCUUAUGGUGUUCAUCUCGGCUGCGUCUGGUAUGUACGUUGACCUUGAGGCCAGUUGGACGCAAUGGUGCUGCGUUGUCGGAGUGCUGUGGCUGAUCCUCUGCAGAAAAUCCUUACUGACCAACCUGGUCAAUGGCGAGAUGAAUGGGUCUGGAGGAAAACUCGAUUUCAAGAGCAGGGAGACCAAGCACAAGUCGCGCGAGUGCUCUCUGUUUGCUGGUGCCUUGUCUCGGCCCGCUGGAAAUGGCGAUGGAGGGCUAUUAAACCAAUAA